CUCGGCCUCUCGUUGCCUCCGAACCCUUCAAGCUCCGACGAUUCCUCUCCUCCUCCUCCUCCGCUCUCCCUCUCCCCACCUCCUCGCCGGCCGGCCGGCAAUGGGUUGCGGUGGCUCCAAGGAGGACGUGGCCACCGGCAACACCGCUGGCAAGCUCCUCCGGAGGAAGUCCUCCGUCUCCGCCAGCCACCCCUCGUCGUCGUCGUCGUCCUCCGACGGCACCUCCUCCGUCGUCGUGAAGAAGGACGCCGAGGUGACGUCGGCUGAGAAGCCCGCCGCCGUUUCGGAGGCGGCGGCGGCGGCGGUGGUGGUCAAGAAGGAUGUCACCAUCUUCGCUGCCACUCUCCCGGUGACCGAGGCGAUGGCGACGGCGACGGCGGAGCAGCCUAAGAAGGAGGAGGAGGAGGAGCAGCUGCCCGAGUCCACCAUGGCCGAUGAAGCGACGGCGGUGGAGGCGCAGGCGCCUAUUAAGACCGACGAGACCAAGGAGGUCCUUGUUCUCGAGGAGGAGACCAAAGCCGAGGAGGAGGCGACGCCGUCGUCUCCAGCUCCGGCAACUCACCAUGUGGAAUCCAAAGAGCAGAACACCACGGAGGCCAAACCUGUCGACGUCAACGACGACGAGCACAAGGUAGAGGAGGUGGCCGCCUCGCCGUCGGAGACAGAGAAGAAGGACGCCGCCGACGAGAAAACCGCCGAUACUGUUGUCUCGGAAUCGUCGCCGUCGGACAUAGAGAAGAUGGACGCCGUCGACGAACAAACCACCGCUGCUGUCUCGGAGUCGUCGCCAUCGGAGACAGAGAAGAAGGACGCCGUCGAGGAGAAAACCGCCGAUGGUGCUGUCUCAGAGUCGUCGCCGUCGGACACAGAGAAGAAGGACGCCGCCGACGAGAAAACCGCCGAUGCUGUCUCGGAGUCGUCGCCACUGGAGACAGACAAGAACGAGGCCGUCGACGACAAAACCGCCGCCGUUGCGGCAGCGGCGCCGCCAAGCGAACCAUCACCGGCCAACUAAAACGAAGGAGAUCAAAGAGACAUGUAACCAUACCCCCAUCCAUCAAUCAUCCAUGCAACCACCUGGAAUCAAUCCGGGAGAUCCAUGUGAGAUAUAUAAUCAAUCGACGUGCUCCUCCAUCUUUUCGUGAUCGAAGCA